CAAACCUUCAUCUCAUAGAUAGGAAUGGAAGUGGACAGUCUGGUGUAUGUCAGUGCUACUGACGUGGAGGUUUCUGGUGAAGAGUCUGAGAAGAACACGUAUUUGUGUCGCGUGCACGCUGACCGAGCAUCAAUCAAAACUAUGAGCUGGGAAUCCACCCAGGCGAUGACGUCACGGGGCUCUGACAAGCUGGUGGUGCCGGAAGAAAAGAUGGCGGAUCAUGAGGAGCAGCUCUCCGACGAGGAAAAGGUACGCAUAGCAGCUAACUUUGUCAUCCACGCCCCGCCAGGAGAGUUCAACGAAGUUUUCAAUGAUGUGCGAUUGCUGCUCAACAAUGACAAUCUUCUCCGAGAAGGUGCAGCGCAUGCAUUUGCACAGUACAACUUAGACCAGUUCACCCCGGUGAAAGUCGAGGGCUACGAAGAACAGGUGUUAAUCACAGAGCAUGGGGACCUUGGGAACGGCCGGGUCCUGGACCCCAAGAACAAGAUCUCCUUCAAGUUCGACCACCUGAGGAAGGAGGCCAGCGACCCGCGGCCCCAUGACGUCGACGGCUCCCUGGAGGGCUGGAGGAGCGCCGUGGACUCGGCCGUCAGGGCCUACGUCAAGGAGCACUAUCCCAACGGAGUGUGCACCAUUUACGGCAAAACCAUCGACGGACAUCAAACCAUCAUCGUGUGCAUCGAGUGCCAUCAGUUUCAACCAAAAAACUUCUGGAAUGGACGCUGGAGGUCAGAAUGGAAAUUCACCGUCUCCCCCUCCACCACUCAAGUGGCCGGAAUCAUGAAAAUCCAGGUUCAUUACUAUGAAGAUGGAAACGUUCAGCUGGUGAGCCACAAAGAGGUCCAGGAGUCCAUGUCAAUUUCUAAUGAGGCUUCAACUGCAAAGGAGUUUGUUAAGAUCAUGGAGGCUGCAGAGAACGACUAUCAGACGGCCAUCAACGAGAAUUACCAGACCAUGUCGGACACUACCUUCAAAGCCUUACGCCGCCAGCUUCCUGUGACACGCACCAAGAUCGAUUGGAACAAGAUCCUGAGCUACAAGAUUGGCAAAGAAAUGCAGAAUGCUUAAAAAAAACAGCAGAGAACAUAAAAGACAAGCCCCCCCCCCUUCCCCUCCCCCCCCCCAACAACGUUGCAUGACUGGAUAGUUGUAUCGUCUUUGUACAGAAAUUAGAGAAACUGGGACAAAGAAAGGUUUUGGUCUCACAGCCAGGUGUCACAAUACACAGUCUACUUUUAUUGAUGUUGUUUUGUUUUUAUACAGACACGUUAACUCCUGUAGUGAAUCUAUGAUGAUGAAGAUAAUCGGAAAUAUCACAAGACAUAGGAAAAGGGGGCGAACACUUGUAUGCAAAAAACAUCCUUAUAAAACACAAUAUCACGUGUGCAAUAUUUAUUGUGUCGGUGAGACCACGCCUUUUUAUUUGACCUGCUGAAAAACUAUUUAAAUUUGCGAUCGAUUUUGGGAGAAUUCUGUCUGCUUUCACAAAGGAGCGCAGACGUUUGGCUGAAAAGAACGACUCCCUUCACGUCACGGUUAAUGUCCCAUAUGGUUCAACGAGAAAAAAAAAAGAAGUUCUUUGUUGUGUUCAUUGAACGGUAUCUUUGGCACAAGCAGUCACCACUGUCGGCCACUCGAUGUUCUUGUUCCCUGGUUCUUCCCUCACCGUGUGUCCUGUGCGUGAGCUCUCGAGCUCGCGGCGCUCCUCCGGCUAAUUUGCCUUUUUGACUUGACAUCGUCUGAACUCUCACUCAGCGCAGGGAGUUCUGUGACCACUUAACAAGCUUAAUUAACAUCAGUCGCUAAGCAAUGUGCAUAAUGUCCAAUUUACAAUAAAAUCAAAACGUAUCACAUUCUCCUCCAGUGCUUAUUUUUAUUAACAAAAACAGAACCUGACUGUAUUAUAUAACAAGGCACAUUGUAAUAUAUACCUGUAUGAAACAUCCUGUCUGUCAGUUUGGUGAUUUAUUUCCAUGAGAUUAAUUGUAAUUCAGUCACAAUUAUGUUGCAUUAAAUGACAAAUUUUCUAUU